CCCUGGGGGUGUCUGCGGCGGCCGCGGAGCCUGGGGCCGGGCCGGCGCCCCGUUGGCGUUAGCGGGCGGCUGUGAAGCUGCUGUGCCCGGGGUCAGGUGCAGGGCUACCAUGGGAAACACCACCAGUGAUCGAUUGUCUGGGGAACGCCAUGGCUCCAAAUCUCACCGCUCCGAUGGAGCCAGUAGCACCCAUUCCACGAAGGAUCAUCCCCACAAGAUCAUGGUGGGCAGCACUGAUGACCCCAAUGUUUUCAGCACCCUUGACUCCAAGCUUGCUGGGGAGAAGGAGUUUAUGUCAUGGCAGCAUGAUCUGGAAGAGUCAGUAAAGCCUUCACAGCAGGCUCGUCCCACUGUCAUACGCUGGGCUGAUGGAGGCAAGGAGGUCUUCAUCUCUGGGUCCUUCAACAACUGGAGUGCCAAGAUCCCACUCAUCAAAAGCCACAAUGACUUUGUUGCUAUUCUGGACCUGCCCGAGGGUGAGCACCAAUACAAGUUUUUUGUGGAUGGCCAGUGGGUUCAUGACCCUUCCGAGCCUGUGGUCACCAGCCAAAUGGGCACCAUUAACAAUCUGAUUCACGUUAAGAAGUCUGACUUCGAAGUAUUUGAUGCAUUAAAGGUGGAUUCUCUGGAGAGCUCAGAGACUUCGUGUCGAGACCUGUCUAGCUCCCCGCCAGGACUCUAUGGCCAGGAAAUGUAUGUGUAUCGACCGGAGGAGCGCUUCAAAUCUCCACCCAUCCUCCCUCCUCACCUCCUCCAAGUCAUUCUCAACAAGGACACCAACAUCUCUUGUGAUCCAGCUCUUCUACCGGAGCCCAACCAUGUCAUGCUCAACCACCUCUAUGCACUCUCCAUUAAGCCCGUCCCACUGGUCCCAGUUGCCUGUUGGCCCCUGCUCAUCGCAGCCUGCAGGUGCUGUGCUUCGCUGUCACUUCCAUUGAUACCCUGUAGUCCCCACCGCAAAGUGCAGGAUGUGCUGAACAGAGCCAGUCAGAAAAGGUAUUUCCGGAGACUCCAUUUGGGGUGAACCAAUACAGAACGUUUUGGGCAGCUCUCAGGGGAGGGUCUCGUCUGUCCCACCCUCACCGGAGCUUGGGGGGAGGCAGAGCAGCCUGGCGCUCUGCCUUUGCACCCCCUGUGGGAGGUAGGGAGACCUGCCUGUGUUUAGUUAAAUCGGUAACCGAUUUAGCCAGACUCGCUGUGCUGAUCGGCAUUUUCCCAGGACGUGGAGUUUUUGUCGGAAAACUUCGGACAGCUCUAGUGCCAGAUGCUGCGCCCAGAGCACUGCUACCAGACCCUCAUGUCAUCCACAACCAACUUGCAUGGCCAUCAGGAUCUAGCUUGGAAUUUACCUCCGGGGACUUGUCUCUGCUUGUCUUUCUGUGCCGCUCUGAUUCCUCUGCUCCUCUAGCACUGACCUUUCUCUCUGCCUUCCCGCAGUCCAGCCAGCACAAGAGCAGUCUCUGCAACUGCUGGUGCUAGCAACAGCUCCCUGUUCUCUGUCUCAGUGACUCUCCUCGUCUCAGAUCUUGGCUAGGAGCUGUCUCUCCCUCCCUUCCCCUUACUACAUCAGUGUAACUGUCCCAGCACUGUGAAGUAUCCUGGGGCCGUGGUGCAUCUAUGAUCCACACCACUAGCACUCUGCUGUGUUCUC